CACGCGCUUUAAAGUAGAGACAAAACCUCGUGGAUCUAUCUCCUCCCACCAUUUGAUUUUUUUUUCCGUCUUCUCUCUAGAAGCAUCUUCAUGCGUUAUCUUCUCCAAAAGCUCUGAUUCUGAUUCUGAAUCAUCUAAAAAAACCCUAGAAAAAAUUCCCCCCAAAAAUCUCAAAGAUCCAUGGCUGUAAUUAUCCCUCGUUCAGAUCCACCGUCACGAAUCCAUCCCGAACCACCACAAACCCUAGAAAUCGACCAUUUCGAUCGUCUUCCUGACUCAAUCCUCCUCCUCGUUUUCAACAAAAUCGGUGACGUUAAAGCUCUCGGAAGAUGCUGUGUCGUUUCCCGGAGAUUUCAUUCUCUUGUUCCUCAAGUCGAUAACGUCGUUGUUCGUGUCGAUUGCGUAAUCUCCGACGACGAUUCGUCGUCUUUAUCAUCUAUCAAAUCUCGCUCCGGUUCUUCCGCUGGAUCGUUCUCGGCUAUAUUUCGUCUUGUUGUUGGUGGCAUUGUUAAGCCGUUACAAGCUUUAGGUCAAUUCCUUGGUACGAAGAGAUCAUCAUGUGGUGGUUCUGGAUCUUCUUCUUCGUUGUCUAUUAGUGGAGAUGAUGAAGGUGGAGAGAUCGAACAAGGCGGUGUUACUCAUCAUUCUCCUACACAGGUUUUGAAAAACUUUGAUGAGAUUCGUUACUUGCGUAUUGAGCUUCCUAGUGGUGAAUUAGGGAUUGAUGAUGGAGUUUUGUUGAAAUGGAGAGCUGAAUUUGGUUCAACUCUUGAUAAUUGUGUGAUUCUCGGUGCUUCUUCGGUGAUUCAACCGAAUCCGAUGAGAAUUUCUCAAGCCGUGGACACUAGUACAGUCGUUGAAGCUUCCGGUUCCGGCUCUGAUGAUAAUGGGAGUAUACCGGAAUCGUUUUACACAAACGGAGGUUUGAAAUUGCGUGUUGUAUGGACAAUUAGCUCUUUGAUUGCUGCAUCAGCACGACAUUACUUGUUACAGCCGAUAAUCGCGGAGCAUAAGACACUUGAUAGUUUAGUUCUCACUGAUUCUGAUGGGCAAGGUGUGCUUUGUAUGAACAGAGAGCAGCUUGAAGAGCUAAGGGUGAAACCAUUAGCGGCUUCAUCGGCUUCGAAGAGGACACUUGUGCCUGCCUUGAAUAUGAGACUUUGGUAUGCUCCAACUUUGGAAUUACCUGAUGGAACUGUGUUAAAAGGUGCGACUUUAGUAGCGAUAAGACCAAGUGAGUCGAAAAGGGAAGUGUCUGAUAUCUCUUGGGUAUCUUCGGCUUUCGAGGAGCCUUAUGAGACAGCUGCUAAGAUGCUGGUUAAGAGAAGGACUUACUGUCUUGAAAUGAACUCGUUCUAGCUUGCAAACUUUAAGUUAAAAUCUGAGAGAACUGGCAACCCGGUGGCGAAUUCAGGAUAUUGCAAUUAAAAGCGUAGAAUGGGGGAAGCAGAGAAUGAAAUAAAAUCGAAGUUUUGAUGAAUCCAGAAACAAGUUUUGCUGCCUACUACUGCAUCUGCUAGCUAGUUUUUUCAUUGAAGCAUAUGCCUUUGCAGGAUCUCGCAAUCAUAUAUAUAAUAUAUCAACAAAUUACAGAUAUCAUGUAAGAGUUUUUCUUAUCUUUUUUCUGUUCUUCUUCUCCUUUGCUUGCUCUUCUCUAUUUAUGUGAAUAUUGUAGGUAUUAUUGCUUAUUCCCCUGUCAUUAUACAAGUUAUUUAAGAUUGUAGAUUUGGAAUUGCUAUAAUCACUCCUUUUUUGGAUUUCCCUACUGGAUCUGAUUAGUAAUUUUGUAAA